GUCUACACAUGCUACACAGCUACACAAAAGCUAGUAGCUGGUAUAGCUGGAUAGCUAGCAUCACUCUCUAGUCUGGACUGCGGACGCCAUGAUCUCAUGAGCUAUAAGCGAUAGAUCGAUACUCACACCAGCAACUCGCUAAUCGACAAGCGGAUAGGAUACGGACAGAUCGGUACACAUACGAUCGGGAUAUAAAGCAGGGCAAUAUCACAGAGUAUAUAUACACCUAUCGCCCGAAUCGAUACCUCGAUACAGUCCUACCGAUGGCCCUUGGCUCGAUCUAGUCUUCUGCGAUCUUACAUCCUUCAUAAAAUACCCAUUAUCGAGCGAGCAAGCACGACGAAGAAAUUAAGCCAAGGGAUAUUUCUGCAUAACCAUAAUCCUACCAAGAUGGUCGACGACCCAACACCACCCGGUGAUCCUGACCAGAGCGUCCUCUACACCCUCCCACCUCCGCCAGAGACGAUCCUCUCCGUCCGUAACCUCACCCUCGUAGCGAAUCGGGGCGGCUCAAAGUUGGUCAGAAAGCUCAAAGCUCGUCGUAGACGACGUGGGAUCAAGGCGGAUGGGGCGGACAAGAUCGAGAUCUCGGAUGGGGGUGAGAAGGGGGAUUCUCAGGCUACGGACUUGAGACCGGGCAAGGGAGUACAUCGGGAUGACAUCGAAGAGGGAAGUAGUAGUGGACAACGGGGCUAUGUCGGAGAAGAUGGCAACGAUCGGCCAGUCGAGGAAGAGGCAGAAGAAGAGGAUAAGGAAGAUGACGAUGCGGAAAAGACGGAGGAUGGGAGGAAGAUCAUAUUGAACGACGUCUCUUGUGAAUGUUAUCCGAGGGAGAUGCUCGCCAUUCUGGGCGGCUCAGGAAGCGGCAAGACCUCGCUGCUCCAUGCUAUGCGAGCCUCCCCUACCUCGUCUCUGCCGAUCGAAUCUGGAAAAGUUGUCGGACUAGACUGUAGCCCCGAAUCCGAUUCGGGAGCGGGCGCCGGGAGGUCUUUGGAGGACAGAGAGUAUAGGAAGAGGAUCGGGUUUGUUAGGCAGCAGGAUUUCUUGGUUGAGCAUCUGACUGUUCGGGAGACGCUCUACUUCGCCGCAACACUCCGGUUACCUUCGACGGUCAGCAAGACCACGCGUAAACAGAUUGUCGAACAGACUUUGCAGGAACUGGGUUUGUUGGAAAUUGCUGAUACGCUUGUUGGAGGGGCGUUGCGGAAGGGUAUCUCGGGUGGACAAAAGAGACGGUUGUCUAUCGGAUGUAUCCUUGUUACGUUGCCAUCUGUCUUGAUCCUAGAUGAAGUGACCUCUGGACUAGAUGCCUUCACCGCUUUUCUCUUGCUGCAAAACCUGAGCGCGCUGGCCAAGAAAGGCCGCACGAUCAUUCUAUCCAUCCACGCGCCCCGAUCGGAUGCGUGGAAGCUGUUUGACCGGAUCGUCUUACUCACCAAAGGAAAGGUGGCUUACAGCGGGAAGAGAGACGAUUGUCUAGGCUGGUUUGAGGGGUUGGGACAUACGUUGGAGACGGGUGUCAAUCCGCUUGACUUUCUCAUUGACAUAACGAGCGUCGACAAUCGAGACCCGAAACGUGAAGCCGAGACCAAGGCCGCCGUUACCAAACUCGUCGGCGCCUGGGCGAAACGUCAAGAAGCGUCAUCUUCCGCUCCAUCCCCUACUGCUAUCAGCAAUACCGGUCUUGUCCAAGCGAAGGGUGGAAAGAAGACUAGCAGAGGGUCUAAAGGGCCAGCUAGAAGAGCUCGGUUCCCGAAUCAGGUCGCCCUCCUGAUACGGCGUAAUCACAUCGACGUGUACCGCAACUACCCUUUACUCUUGGCUUUCUUGUUCCAGAGUGUUCUGACAGCGCUCGUCACGGGACUGGCCUUUUACAACCUGCAAGAGAAUCCGACGGAUAUCCAGAGUCUGAAGACCCUGACUUAUCAAAUGUGUCCGAUUUAUUUCUAUCUCGUUCAGGUUUUCUGGACUUGGAGAUAUUGUGACGAGCUCAUCAAAUUUGACCGUGACAAUGAAGAUGGUCUCUAUAGUCCUGCCGCAUACGUCCUUGCCGACUUUGUGACUUGGCUAGUACCGGGUUUCGUAUUUCCUGCGAUCUUUGCAGUGAUUACCUUUUUCUUGGCCAAUGUGAAGACCACACCUACGACCGUUUUCACGGCGUGCGCAGCGACUUUCAUGGCUCAACUCGCCACUCAAGGUCUUUCCUUCCUCUGUGCAUCUCUGAUUCGACCCUAUGCCCAAGCCUCGAUCAUCGCGAACGUCUGCAACCUUUUCCAGACCAUGUCAGCUGGUUUCCUGCUCGUGGACGUGCCCGACUAUCUGGAAUGGGUCAAAUACCUUGGACCCCAAUACUACGCCUUCCGUAUCAUCGCCAUCACGCAAUUUCGUGGUCGUAGUUUCGAUUGCCCUACCGACACCGAGGCCAGUCUCACGCUCUGCAACGGUGACAACGUUCUCCGGUCCCUCAAUAUACCCAUUGGCGGAGUUGGCAUAUACUUUGGCGAAUGUAUAGCGUUGAUUGCUGGGUUCUGGAUCUUGUCAGGAAUCGCUCUGACAUUCUGGAAGCCAGGUGGCGUCAAGCAUGCAACCGCCGGCAAGCGCAGAUUAUACAACAGAGGUAGUGCAGACGACGACGCCAUCGCACAGCUGAACAAGGCGAAAAUCGCUGUAGAGGUAUCGUCGUUGUACUGCACCUGGACCAGAUGGCGUCCCUUUCGACCACCUCGUCAGCGGGCGAUCUUGAACGAUAUCACAAUGUCUUUCCCUGCUGGCGAAUUGACGGCUAUCUGCGGCCCAUCUGGGGGCGGGAAAAGUACGCUGCUCCAGAUUUUGGGCAGGAGACCGAUGGCCGCAGGGGGCUUUGCCCGAUUUGCUCGCUCCGGUCAGGUUCUUUAUGGCAACUCGAACAGUCAGCAGGUCAAUCCGGAAGAUAUCCAGGUCGCUUAUGUGGAGCAAGAAGACGACUGGCAUCUGCCCGCUUUGACGGUCAGAGAGACUCUCCGAUUUGCAGCCAUCCUUCGACUGCCUGAGGACUUCAGCCGAGAAGCCAAGAUCGCACGAGCAGAAGACGUUAUGGUCCUGCUCGGCCUGAAAGAUGUCGCCGAUAUCAAAGUCGGCGGGGAACUGGUCAAGGGUAUCUCGGGGGGAGAAAAGCGGCGACUAUCGCUGGCCGUGGAGAUGAUCAACAACCCGAGCACGUUACUCGUCGAUGAACCCACUUCAGGACUAGAUGCCAGUAUCGCCUUGAACGUCAUGCAGGCGCUGAAGGAUAUUGCGGCUAGCGGGAAAACAGUCAUCGUGACCGUCCACCAACCUCGUUCAGAUAUUUGGCAAGCGAUCGAUAACUUGCUGCUCCUAUCGGGAGCAGGUACCAUGGUUUACGGUGGCAAACGCGAAGAAGCGGAACGAUAUUUCAAGGACAUCGGUUACCCCGUUCCACCUCUAAUGAACCCGGCCGACCAUCUGCUGGACGUGGUCUCUGUCGAUCCUCGCCCUGCCAACGAAGAGGCUUCGAGAACACGUCUGGCUACUUUGACGGCGGAAUGGGACAAGCAGAAGGACAGGACAACGGCAGAGUCGCGACUUUCCAACUAUCAAAGCAAGAUCGGCUCUCAGCGGUCUACCAAUAUGCUGAUCGCGCUGCCCAUCGUCCUGCGCCGGAUGUGGAAGAAUUUGUUCAGACAACAGGAGGUGUUCUACAACCGAGUGACACAACCGGCCGGAUUGGCACUCGUCUUUUUGGUUUACUACCAGCGUCUCGGGAGGGGCCCGCAAGAUCCGCAAAACUUUAUGGGAAUCAUCAUCCAGACAACCAGUGCUGUGGGGUUCGUAGGUCUGAUCAACUCGAUCCCUAUCUACCCUCGAGACAAGUUGCUGUUCUUGCAUGAACGUCAAUCCUCGGCCGCCUACUCCCCCCUGACCUUCCUCCUCGGCUACACCCUCAUCGAACUCCCCAACGAACUCAUCGGAGCCGCCCUCUUUGGCUUGCUCAUCAACGUCGGCGUGGGGCUCCAAUCGAACGUGAGGACGUACUUUGAGUUUGUGAUCACCAUCUGGGCGCAGAUCUCGUGGGGAGAGAGCGUGGGGAUCAUGUUUUGUUCGUUUAGCGAUUCGUUGGGCUUGUCGGUCUCUAUUGUCUCGACGGUCUUGACAUUCUUCACCUCGAUCUCUGGAUCCAUCUCGUUGAGCGUUCCCGCUUGGCUGGCUGGUAUCGCUUGGAUAGGGCCGUUGAAGUCCGCCGUCAAGGUUCAACUCAUCAACACUUUACAAGGCUUGGAGUUCAACUGUACCGACGAGGAAGUACAAUCGGGAGUGUGCAUCGCCCAGACGGGUAACCAGAUCUUAGCGCUCUACCGGAUCGAGGACCGGUCGGUAGGCAAGUUUAUGGGGAUCAUGGUCGCUACCGCUGUGGCGUGGAGGUUGUUGGCGUUGUUGUUCGUGGUGUAUAGGGUUCAGAGCGUCAAGAGGCUCUAGAUCGGUAGGUUUGGGAUGUUGUAGCAAUAGGUCGGUAAUGGUAUAAUAGCUGUGCAUGCAAGAAGAUGCAAGACAAGUGUGAAUCGGAA